AUGAAAGGUUUCAAUAGAACCACUGUGUUUACACAGUUCAUCCUGGUGGGCUUUUCUAGCCUGGAGGAGCUCCAACUGCUGCUUUUUGUCAUCUUCCUUCUCCUGUAUUUGGUAAUCCUGAUGGCCAAUGCAGCCAUCAUGGCUGUUAUCUGCUUCUGCAGGACUCUACACACUCCCAUGUAUGGUUUCCUAUUCAUCCUUUCCUUUUCUGAGUCCUGCUACACUUUUGUCAUCAUCCCUCAGCUGCUGGUCCACCUGCUUUCAGCCACCAAAACUAUCUCCUUCAUUGCCUGUGUUACCCAGCUCUUCUUCUUCCUUGGCUUUGCCUGUACCAACUGCUUUCUCAUUGCUGUGAUGGGAUAUGAUCGCUAUGUGGCAAUUUGCCACCCACUGAGGUACACACUCAUCAUGAACAAAAGGCUAGGGAUGGGGUUGAUAUCUCUGUCUGGAGUCACGGGCUUCUUUAUUGCUUUGGUGGCCACCAACCUCAUCUGUGACAUGCCUUUUUGUGGACCUAACAGAGUCAACCACUAUUUCUGUGACAUGGCACCUGUUAUUAGGUUGGCCUGCACAGACACCCGUGUAAAAGAACUGGCUCUCUUCAGCCUCAGCAUUCUGGUAAUCAUGGUGCCUUUUCUGCUAAUUCUCAUAUCCUAUGGCUUCAUCAUUAACACCAUCCUGAAGAUCCCUUCCACUGAAGGCAAAAGAAAAGCCUUUGCCACCUGUGCCUCACACCUCACUGUGGUCUUUGUCCACUACGGGUGUGCCUCCAUCAUCUACUUUCGGCCAAAAUCCAAGACUGCCUCAGACAAAGACCAGUUAGUGGCAGUGACCUACACUGUGGUUACUCCCCUACUUAAUCCUCUUGUCUAUAGUCUCAGGAACCAGGAGGUGAAGACUGCACUGAAAAGACUUCUGGGAAUGCCUGCAGCAAAAAAGGUGAUUUAA